AUGCGCGUGGACGCCGAAGCGCUGGCCCAAGUCGCAGCCACGGGACUCGCGGGCAUCUUCGCUGGCGCGUCCACGUACAUGAGCGUGGCCCAGCAACCAGCGCUCGUCGAGACCGCGUCGCUGGCGUUCCAGGCCGCCUACUUUCGCCGCAUGUACUUUUAUGCCGCGCGCAUGCAGGGGCCUUUGGCGGUGGGCAGCGGCCUAAGUGCGCUAUGUGUGUCGCUCUUGCAGACCCAGCGAGGACCACGUGCCGGUGCGCCGAGUCUCUGGCUCGCGAGCGGCUGCCUCAUUGGCGGCAUUGUGCCCUAUACGGUCCUCAAGAUGCUCGCGCUGAAUUGCCAGCUCGUCGACUCGAAGGAGUGUCUGCGCUGCAGUCAGUCGUUGAUGCAGGAGAUGCUGGGAAGGUGGGGAAAGCUGCAUGCCGUACGCACGGGCGUGAGCGUAAUGGCGUUUUCCGCGAUGUUGCUGGCGAUGGCGUGUGGCGGGGACCGCGCUCCGGCUCGAGGUGUGAACGUCGCAUAG